GGUGGUUGUUUUGGAUCCGACACGGCUGGCGCUUGAGCGGGCUGCUGAGGGGAACAGACAGCGGCAACCAUGGGGGUGCCCAAAUUCUACCGGUGGAUCUCGGAGCGGUAUCCCUGCCUCAGUCAGGUGCUGAAGGAGCAUCAGAUUCCAGAAUUUGACAACUUGUACCUGGACAUGAAUGGCAUAAUUCAUCAAUGCUCACACCCUAACGAUGAUGAUGUUCACUUCAGAAUCUCCGAAGACAAGAUCUUUGCUGAUAUAUUUCACUACUUGGAAGUACUGUUUCGUAUUAUUAAGCCAAGAAAGGUGUUUUUUAUGGCAGUUGAUGGAGUGGCUCCAAGAGCGAAAAUGAACCAACAACGUGCCAGACGUUUUAGGUCAGCAAAAGAGGCAGAGGACAAAGUUAAAAAGGCAUUGGAAAAAGGAGACGUUCUUCCCACAGAAGCAAGAUUUGAUUCCAAUUGCAUUACACCAGGGACUGAGUUCAUGGCCAGAUUGCACGAACAUCUGAAGUAUUUUGUAAACAUGAAGAUUUCUACAGACAAAUCUUGGCAGGGAGUAACUGUCUACUUAUCAGGACACGAGACUCCAGGAGAAGGAGAACAUAAAAUUAUGGAAUUCAUUAGGUCAGAGAAAGCAAAACCUGACCAUGAUCCAAAUACAAGGCACUGUCUGUAUGGUUUAGAUGCUGACUUGAUUAUGCUUGGACUAACAAGCCAUGAGCCAAAUUUCUCCCUUUUAAGAGAAGAGGUCAGAUUUGGUGGCAAAAAGUCACAAAGAGCAUGUGCUCCUGAAGAAACCACUUUUCAUCUUUUGCACUUGUCAUUAAUGAGAGAAUAUAUUGACUAUGAAUUUUCACCAGUUAAAGACAAGCUCCAAUUUAAAUAUGAAGUUGAAAGCAUAAUAGAUGAUUGGAUCUUAAUGGGCUUUCUUGUGGGAAAUGAUUUUAUCCCUCAUCUACCUCAUAUGCAUAUUAACCAUGAUGCACUGCCAUUACUUUAUAGAACAUACAUGUCUGUAUUGCCUGAUCUUGGAGGUUACAUUAAUGAAAAUGGGCACCUCAACUUACAGCGUUUUGAGAAAUACCUUACAAAAUUGUCAGAUUUUGAUCGUGAACACUUCAGUGAAAUCUUUGUAGAUCUCAAGUGGUUUGAAAGCAAAGUGGGCAAUAAAUACCUGAAUGAAGCUGCUGGCAUUGCAGCUGAAGAAUCAAAAAAGCAAAAGAAACGCAAGGCUCAGGAAAAUGCUACGUUCUUGGCUGCUUUAGAGAACACUGACAAUGGGGUUGUAGCAACUUCUAAAACUGUAUUAGAGGAUGAGCCAGAAGAUGAUGAUUUGUUUGAGACAGAAUUUAGGCAGUACAAAAGAACAUACUAUAUGACGAAGAUGGGUGUAGAAGUAGUUUCAGAUGAUUUUCUGGCUAAUCAGGCAGAAUGUUACACCCAGGCAAUACAGUGGAUAUUACAUUACUACUACCAUGGGGUUCAGUCGUGGAGCUGGUACUAUCCCUACCAUUAUGCACCUUACCUAUCAGAUAUGCACAAUAUCAGUAAACUGAGGAUUCAGUUUGAUUUAGGAAAACCAUUCAUGCCAUUUGAACAACUUCUUGCAGUACUUCCAGCAGCUAGUAAAGAUCUGCUACCUAAAUGCUACCAGCAUUUGAUGACCAGUGAAGAGUCUCCCAUUAUUGAAUAUUAUCCGACAGAAUUUAAAACUGAUCUAAAUGAAAAGCAACAAGAUUGGGAAGCUGUAGUGUUAAUCCCAUUUAUUAAUGAGAAACAAUUGUUAGAAGCCAUGGAACCUUGUAGUAUGUUGUUGGCAAAAGAAGAAAGGCAAAGAAAUAGGCACAGUGAGUGCUUGAUGUACUUGUAUGACAGAGAUACAGAAUUCCAAUAUUUAUCACCGUGGCCAGAGAAGUUCCCUUCCAUAGAAAGGUGUCAUAUAAGGCAUAAAGCUAUAUCUUUGGAUACUUGGCAUGUAGAUAUAUCCCAUAAUAAAAUAACUAAAGUGGAUUUAGGGAAGCUGUAUUUCUGUGGCUUUCCUACUUUGAAGCACAUUAAACAUAAGUUCUAUCUUAGAAAAAGUGGGGUACAAGUAUUUCAGCAGAGCAGCCAUGGAGAAAAUAUGCUGUUAGAAAUAACAGUUGAUGAUGAAGAGUCAAAGGAACUGAGUGUAGAAAAUGUUGCCAGUCUGGUGCUAGGGAAAUCGGUUUUUGUAAAUUGGCCACACCUGGAGGAAGCAAGAGCUGUCGCUGUAUCAGAUGGCGAAACAAAGUUUAAUUCAGAAGAGCCUCCUGGAACACAUAAACUUUAUACAGAAAAUGCUGUGCCACCGACUAAAGUAUCAUAUGUUGGAGAUAAAGAGCGGAAUACAUGGAUAAAAGAAAUCCAGGGGAUCUCAGAACACUACCAAAGAAGAAAAGGUAUCAUUAUAAAUGAGACCUCUGUAAUUAUAUAUGCACAGUUACUCACUGGGCGUAGAUACCAGUUGAAUCAAGGUGGCAAAGUAUGUUUGGAGAAACAGUGGUCCAAGCAAGUUCUGCCUUUUGCAUACCAAACAAUUGUCAAGGAUAUAAAAGCUUUCGAUUCCCGCUUCUCUAAGAUCAACACUUUGGAUGACCUAUUCCCUCUUGGAUGUACCGUCUUCAUGCUGGGAACACCUUACUAUGGGUGCACAGGAGAAGUUCAAGAUUCAUGUGAUGUGAUCUCAGAAGGUAGAAUUCGUGUUGUUUUCAGUAUCCCAUGUGAACCUCAACUGGAUGCCUUAAUACAGAAUCAGCACAAAUAUUCUGUGAAGUACAAUCCUGGGUAUGUUUUGGCUUCCCGUCUUGGUAUAAGCGGCUAUCUUGUGUCUAGGUUUACCGGAAGCAUUUUUGUUGGACGAGGAUCCAGGAAAAGUCUGCAUGGAGACCAUAAAGCAAAUGUGGGGCUGAACCUAAAAUUCAAUAAAAAGAAUGAAGAAGUCCCUGGAUAUACUAAGAAAGUUGGAAAUGAGUGGAUGUAUUCUUCUGCAGUAGAACAACUCCUUGCUGAAUAUUUAGAAAGGGUCCCAGAACUUUUCAGCUACGUAGCGAAAAACAGUCAAGAAGAUAUAUUCUAUGAAGAUGAUAUUUGGCCUGGUGAAGAAGAGAAUGGUGCUGAAAAAGUUCAAGAAAUCGUUGCAUGGCUAAAGGCUCAUCCUGUUAGCACUCUUUCUCGUUCUUCUUGUGAUUUACAAAUUCUGGAUGCUGCUAUUGUUGAGAAGAUUGAAGAAGAAAUAGAAAAGUGCAAGCAAAGAAAAAGUAAUAAGAAAGUACGUGUGACUGUGAAACCCCACUUGUUAUACAGACCUUUAGAACAGCAGCAUGGAACCAUACCAGACCGAGAUGCAGAAUAUCGACUGUUUGACCGUGUUGUAAAUGUAAGAGAGAGCUUUUCAGUUCCCAUUGGUCUUCGUGGUACCAUAAUUGGAAUUAAAGGAGCCAGCAGAGAAUCUGAUGUGCUAUAUGAAGUACUGUUUGAUGAAGAGUUUCAUGGAGGCUUAACACUCAGGUGCUCACCAGCCAGAGGGUACCGCAUGCCAGCCAGUGCCUUAAUUAAUCUUUCUCAUGGCCAUCGGUCUGAAACAGGAAACCAGAAGCUAACAGCCAUAGUUAAACCCCAGCCAGCUGUGAGUCCCUACAGCUCAUGUUCACCUGAAUCAUGUUCUGUAUCUUCGCAAAAAGCACAUCUAGGAGGCCUCAACCAUUCCCCUCGUUCCCUCUUUGUUCCAACUCGAGCUCACAAUAAGCAAGAUGAUGAAUUUUGCAGCAUUUGGCAAUCGUUGCAAAGCUCUGGAAAAUCUCAGCCUGCCCAGCAAAACAGACAUGAGAAGGGUGGAAUUGUGCCUCAGUAUAUAAAGCUAAAUGCAAGUGGCCAGUUCUGUAAACCAGGCUUCAAUGAGAGUAGCUUCAAAGGCCAGCAAAGAAAGCAAGAGUCAUUUAAAAAAUUAAAAGAAGAUACUAAAGGUCCAAGAAAUGAAGGUGAAUCACAUAAAAUAACAAAUAAACCAAAUGGAUCUGAAAUUGAAAGCCUUUUGGCAUCUUUGAAAAUUUCCAAAGAAAAAGAAGUGCAAUCCACUUAUUCCAAGGAGCCAACAAAUGAAGAACACCUGUCUCCUCAGUCUUUUGCUAUGAAAGGAACCCAGAUGCUCAAAGAAAUUUUGAAAAUAGAUAGUUCCGACACAGCAGAAACUAAGCCAGUGAUUAAUGAAGCUUCUACUACAACUUGUAAGCAGGAUUCUUAUGGACCUGCCUCACAACAAAGACAUACAAAAAAGAUGGCUGCUUUCAUGAACAAAUCUCCAAUCGCAGGAGGGCCUCAGAACACUCACAGCAUGGAAGCCGGAGGCCACCCUCUCUUUGGAUCACCAGGCCCAUUAUCUGCCCCAGUGUCUGAGCUUUCUCGUAUCUGUUCUCUUGUUGGAAUGCUGCCACCAGAGUUCUCGUUUCUCAGAACUCCACAGACAAUGACAGUUUGUCAGGUGAAGCUGUCAAAUGGCUUAUUAAUACACGGACCUCAGUGUCAUUCUGAAAAUGAAGCCAAAGAGAAAGCUGCACUUUUUGCUUUACAACAGUUGAGCUCUGUUGGGAUGAACUUCCCUUUGCCACCACCUCCAGUAUUUCCAAAUUAUCAGCAGAUGGGAGCCCUUGUACCACCCGGAUCCAUUCCUCCAGUCUUCACUCAGCACACUGCUAAUAUAUUUCCUUCACCAUCUCAUGCAUUUGGCCCAGUGCCAUGGGGAGCACCAAUGCCAGUUCAUGGCAAACCUUAUUAUCCUGGCGCAUAUCCUGGCAAUAUGCCACUAGCAGGCACUGUUCCAGUUGGCACACACAACCAGUUUAUACCUUUGCAGGUAACUAAAAAAAGGGCUGCUAGCAAGAUACAUUUUGACUCUAAGGAUUUCUCAGGUACACUUCAAGAUGUGCAAUUAAAGAAUGAACAGCCAGUGUCUUCUAACACCACAAAACUGAAUCCACAGGAUGCUGCUUCAGAUCCUUUAAGAUGUCCUCAAGCUGCUCAAAGAUGUCCUCAAGCUGCUCAACCCAUACUUUCUUUUCAAGAGAAAAUGGCUUCUCCAAGUCCCAGUGCAUCUCAUAAAAAAUCAACACCAAAUGUUUCCAUCAAGCGAAAGCCAAGAAAAUUGGCCGUCAAUUUUGGUGUAUCCAAAUCUUCAGAAUAAGUAUGGUCUCUUUUGAUCUGAUACAGUGACAAUAGAAUUUAACUAUUGUGGUGCUGCCAGGUUUGGUUUAUGUUGAUUUAUUUGUUGGAGUUAUGCCAAAGCAGCAUAAGAGCUCAGAACACUGUGCAGAAUUAUCGUCUUAUUGUAAGUCUUAACUAAAAUGGCACCAUGAAUGAAUCAUUGACAGAGAAAUGCAGAGUAAAUGCUUCAGAGAUUAUUUAUAUAAUAGUAUAAAUGUGAAUACGUAAAGAGGCACCCACAUAAUUUACAAGUUAUAGUUUGGCAAAGGCUGCUAAUUAACCAUCACAUAGUUUCCACUGCAGAUGGAGAACGGUCCCUAAAAUAAAAAUUCUUUCACAGGCUCUAGUACUUUGUUCUGUAACAAUAUAUAUACACACUGAAUCUGGGUAUAUACAAUCAUGACUCUUAAAAUAAUGUAGUUUUGUAAGUCUGAGUAAUCUUCUCUAGUAUUCAAAGUUUGUGUGUGUGUCUUUAGGCUAGUAGGUUUGAAUUUUACAGUUUUCUUAGGAAGAUGGCAGACAGCACAGUCUCACUCAAAGACUCAACCCUUACCUUGGUUCUGCUGUGCUGUCUUCCUGUAAUCUAAUUUUUUACAAUACCAUCCAUGUUUUUAUGUUCUGUAGAAGUGUAAAGUAUUAAGGUGAAGGGGUACCAUUCUACGAGCAAGCUUCAAUGUUUAAAGAGUCACAAUCUUAAGGCUUUUCCUUUGUUGUUGGCAGAUAGGCCUCCUCACUCCAGGUAUCACACCUUACUUUUAAAGAGCAGAGAUUAAUCUCCAUGUGGGGAAAAUGUCUGUGAGUGAAUAUUUAUCCUGGGGUAAUAUAUCUAGCACCUAAGUGUCCCAGUGUGUGAACUCAAUACAGAAAAGGUACUAGGACCAUUUCUUGCGAGAUAAUGGGAAAGCUCUUUUCAGAUAUGCAGAUAAUUUUUAUAUCACAAAUAAUUCCAUCAUUCUAAGUUAAAAGGUAAAGUGCAUUGCAAUAGGGGAAUUAGCCAUCUACUAUGUAACUCAGUACACAAUCCUUAGCCAAAGGGAAAAGUCCUUGAGUCCCAUUGAUUUAAAUUAUAGAGUAAAAGUAAAUGCGUAAUACUGCCAUGGAGUUUAAUGGAAUGUGAAGUCACUUAAGUUGGCUGGAUCAUUCUAGGGUUGUCAGCCCCCAGGUAGGGGUGGGGAUGCCUCGUCCUCAGCUUCU